AUGCGAUUACAAUCCACUGGAGCUGCCUGGCUCCUGUCAGCCCUGGUUCCGAGCCUGACGACGGCACUCAGCCUCGACUGCGCACACAUCAACGUCGACAAGUACAAAUACGACCUCAGUCCCUUGGGCGGCGUCCACGAAAUCUACCAUGUCAACGAGACCGAUGGCUUUGUAACCAACACAACCUACGUGCUAAACAUUUGCAACAACCUCCACAAGGCCGCCAACCGUGGCGACGAUGGCAAGUGCGGACAAACCAAGCGCAUCUGCGGCUUCGUCAAUCGGCAUCCGGUGGACGGCAACGGCGCCACCCGCUUCGGUUUCCCGAUCGUGGGUCUCGACGACAUGGGCCACGGCUCUAUGGAGCCCGAGCUGACUCGUCUGGCCAAAUUGGACCCUGAGACCGAGGGUCUCCGUAUCAAGCUAGCUGGCGGAGAAUUCGCAGGGGAUGACAACGAGGCAAAGCCGAAGAAGGCUGGGGCCAUCAUCGAUUUCCAGUGCGACCCGGACCGGUCUGGACUGGAGGGUCUCGUCACCGAGGAGGAUAGCUCGGACGUGGACGAGAAGAAGCGCCGGGAUGAAGGUGACGAGAAGACUCAAAAGCGCAGCUUGCAGUUCAAGAGCUUCAAGCUGGACGACGAUGACACGUAUAUUCUGAAGCUGGACUGGCGAACGCGGUAUGCAUGUGACGACUACCAGCGCGGCAAGAUAAAUAACUCGAAUCACUGGGGAUUCUUCACGUGGAUGAUUAUCAUCCUCUUCCUCUGCGUUGCUGCCUACCUCAUCUUCGGCUCCUGGCUCAACUAUAACCGUUACGGUGCUCGCGGCUGGGACCUGCUCCCGCACGGCGACACCAUCCGCGAUGUCCCCUACAUCUUCCAGGACUGGUUCCGGCGGGUGGUCAAUACGCUGCAGGGGUCUGGGACGAGAGGUGGAUAUAGCGCUGUGUAA